AUGAGCUCUGCCGUCCCAACUGUCGAGAUUGGCAGCUAUAGCGUGCCAGUCGGCCUCUUCGUCGGCGGCCAAUUCGUGCCAGGACAUGGAGACUCGCUAGACACAGUCAAUCCGGCGACAGAAGAGACGCUCGGUACAGUACAGACGGCCAAUCAGGCAGAUGUCGACAAUGCCGUCGCUAUCGCUCGAGAAUGCUUCGAGACCACUUGGGGCACCAACACCGCAGGCACAGAGCGAGGGCGACUCAUGUUCAAGCUCGCAGAUCUCAUGGAUGCCGCCACAGAGGAGCUAGCUGCCAUAGAAUGCGCAGACUCGGGCAAGCCGAUCAGCUGGUGCAAGGCAGAUAUCGGCGACGCCACGACCUGUCUGCGCUACUUUGCCGGCGCGGCAGAUAAGAUUCAAGGCGCGACCAUUGAAGUUGACGACCGGCAAAAGUAUGCUUCAGUGCGCAAGGAACCCAUUGGCGUCGUUCUGCAGAUUUGCCCCUGGAAUUAUCCCAUCGUCAUGUGGUCGUGGAAGGUCGCCCCUGCACUCGCUGCAGGCUGCGCCAUCAUCUUCAAACCCGCUGAGAAUACGCCGCUCUCGACACUCAAGCUUGCCGAGCUUGUCCACGAGGCAGGCUAUCCAGCGGGCGCCUUCAACGUCCUGAACGGUCUCGGCAAGACGACGGGUCAACUACUCGUCGAGCAUAUGGAUAUCGACAAGGUCGCCUUCACAGGCUCCACCGCGGUCGGCCGACAGAUCGCCAUCACUGCUGCAAAGACAAAUUUGAAGCGAGUCACUCUCGAGCUCGGCGGAAAGUCGCCCAAUAUUGUAUUUGCAUCUGCGAAUCUCAAGGAAGCGGCGAAAUGGGCUGCGUUUGGUGUCUUCGAGAACAUGGGACAGUCCUGCACUGCCGGAUCCCGCGUGCUCGUACAAGAAUCUAUCUAUGACGAGUUCAUCAAGCUGUUCGUACAAGCAGCUCAAGCGGUCAAGGUUGGCAAUCCACUCGAUGCCGAUACCUUUAUGGGUGCACAAAUCUCAAAGACUCACUUUGAGCGAAUCAUGGGCUACAUCGAGAAGGGCAAGCAACAAGGCGCAAAAGUUGCAACGGGUGGUGUACGAAAAGGCACAAAGGGGUACUUUGUAGAGCCAACGAUUUUCGAGAACGUAUCUCAAGAGAACGCUAUUGCGAUUGACGAGAUCUUUGGACCGGUCGCAGCUGUCAUCAAGUUCAAGGACGAAGCGGAAGCGAUUCAGAUUGCCAAUGCAACGGAUUAUGGACUCGCAGCCGGCGUCCACUCAACAGACGUCAAUCAAAUACAUCGCGUCACCCGCCGGAUCAAAGCAGGCACGGUCUGGAUCAAUCAAUACGUCGCUGCAGACGCCAAGAUACCCUUUGGUGGCUACAAGCAAUCCGGUUGGGGUAGAGAACUCGGCCUGCAAGGACUGGAAGCGUAUCUGGAGACUAAAUCCGUGCAUCAUUACUACGGCGACGACCUCGAUUGGCCAAUCAUACUGUAG